AUGAUCUCUGCAAGAGUUUCUGUAUAUGUUUUUCUCCUCUUGUUAUUAAGUUGGGCCGCGGGAAACGUAGACGCCGCCUUGGAGUUUUACUGGCGAGAACACAGCAACGACCCCGACUUGGUUGUCUCUCUCAAACCGUUGUGGAAGCACGUCUUUAAUUCUCUUCUGGAAUCCAUUGAGGAUUAUGAAUUUCGAACAAGUGUGCGGGAAAAAAUAGCAAAUGGUAUGCAUGAAAAGGGAUCUGAUAAGAUUAUCAGUUAUUGUGAUCUUAGUUUUGUCACCUGUGACUUCACAGAUAUAGUGGCUCUUACUCUGGUUGGUAUGGAAAAUGGAAAGGUGAAUUUUAAUCGAUUACCAAAUACUCUUCAAAAACUAAUUGUGUCACGUAGUAUACUGGAUCAAAUGAUGAAUGUGAGUGGAUUACCUCCAGUAUUGGAAUCUAUUGAAUUUGAUCAUGUGCAAUUUGAAAAUGGUGAUGCAGAGGUUUCUUCCUCUUUGGCAAAUCUAAAAGAGUUUAAAUGUACGUAUUGUGGAAUUAAAUCAUUGACUUUUCAGGCGGUUGAAGGAAUACAAAAUAUGAUAUUAGAUGGUACCAUGUUAACAGAUCUACCUAGUAAUCUCCCACAAUCAUUAGAGACUCUCAGUAUGCGUGGGUGCUCAAUAACCGCACCACUGCGAGAAAUAAUGGCACGACUUCCACCUAAUCUACAUUCUAUUGAUAUCAGCAAUACAGGUAUUACAGGUAUGGUUAAUGGAUUAAGAUUAAUGCCACGACAGUUAAAAAAACUUAUUAUUGAUGGAAAUUCCAUUAAUGACAGUAUUGAGUCUCUGUCGGAUGCAUUUGAACACCAUGGAGGGUCUCUUGAACGAUUUAGUGCUAGUGGUUGUAAACUACGAGGUACACUAAAAGGGUUAGAAAAUAUGAAAACCUUAAAAUCACUUGAUCUCUCAAACAACCAAAUAGAAAUGGUGGUAUGGAAAGAGCUUCCUUCUAAUUUGGAUUUUCUUAAUCUCAGUCAUAACACUCUAACAGGUGAGGUUCCUUUGACAGAAAUUACUCGAGCCCUUAAAGAAUUAAAUAUCUCACACAAUAAAUUGAGCGGAAACUUCUGGAUACCAGGACUACCACCAGAAAUACAAACCAUUGAUAUAAGCUACAAUCAAUUUACUGGAGAUGUUAGUCUUGAAAAACUACCAGAAUCUAUUCGUUUUGUGUAUAUUCAACAUAACAUGUUUCAAGGUACACCAAAUCUGGUGGAAUUGCCUGUUCAGCUUCGGCAUAUUUUAAUCCACAAUAAUAAUUGGGAUUCACUUCUUCCAGCACUAUAA